UUUUUUUUUUUCCGCCGAAGCUGAGCGGGUGCUGCUAGCGGAGGCGCCAUAUUGGAAGGGACAAAACUCCGGCGACAGCGAGUGACACAAAUAAACCCCUGGACCCCCUCGUUCCCCCAGCUCUAAGGGCCGCGAUGUUGUACCUAGAGGACUAUCUGGAAAUGAUUGAGCAGCUUCCAAUGGACCUGCGGGACCGCUUCACCGAGAUGCGCGAGAUGGACCUGCAGGUGCAGAAUGCAAUGGAUCAACUAGAACAAAGAGUCAGUGAAUUCUUUAUGAAUGCAAAGAAAAAUAAACCAGAAUGGAGAGAAGAACAAAUGGCCUCCAUCAAAAAAGAUUACUAUAAAGCUUUGGAAGAUGCAGAUGAGAAGGUACAAUUGGCAAACCAGAUAUAUGACUUGGUAGAUCGACACUUGAGAAAGCUGGAUCAGGAACUGGCUAAGUUUAAAAUGGAGCUGGAAGCUGAUAAUGCUGGAAUUACAGAAAUAUUAGAGAGGCGAUCUUUGGAAUUAGAUACUCCUUCACAGCCAGUGAACAAUCAUCAUGCUCAUUCACAUACUCCAGUGGAAAAAAGGAAAUAUAAUCCGACUUCUCACCAUGCAACAACAGAUCAUAUUCCUGAAAAGAAGUUUAAAUCUGAAGCUCUUCUAUCUACGCUUACAUCAGAUGCCUCUAAGGAAAAUACACUAGGGUGUCGAAAUAAUAAUUCUACAGCCUCUUCCAACAAUGCUUACAAUGUGAAUUCCUCCCAGCCUCUGGCAUCCUACAAUAUUGGCUCAUUAUCUUCAGGAACCGGUGCAGGGGCGAUCACCAUGGCUGCAGCUCAAGCGGUUCAAGCCACAGCUCAGAUGAAAGAGGGACGAAGAACAUCAAGUCUAAAAGCCAGUUAUGAAGCAUUUAAGAAUAAUGACUUUCAGCUGGGGAAAGAAUUUUCAAUGCCCAGAGAAACAGCUGGCUAUUCAUCAUCUUCAGCACUCAUGACUACAUUAACACAGAACACCAGUUCAUCAGCAGCCGACUCACGGAGUGGGAGAAAGAGCAAAAACAACAACAAAUCUUCAAGUCAGCAGUCCUCGUCUUCCUCCUCCUCCUCUUCCUUGUCGUCAUGUUCUUCUUCAUCAACUGUCGUACAAGAAAUCUCUCAACAAACAACGGUAGUACCAGAGUCUGAUUCAAACAGUCAAGUUGAUUGGACUUAUGACCCAAAUGAACCACGAUAUUGCAUUUGCAAUCAGGUAUCCUAUGGUGAGAUGGUGGGCUGUGAUAACCAAGAUUGCCCAAUAGAAUGGUUCCAUUAUGGAUGUGUUGGGUUGACAGAAGCACCAAAAGGAAAAUGGUACUGUCCACAGUGCACUGCCGCAAUGAAGAGAAGAGGCAGUCGGCACAAAUAAAGGUGGUCGUUUCAUUUGAGGAAGAAAAAACUUCAACUAAACAUUUUAUAUAGGACUUGAAAAAAGAAAGAGAAAGAAGACACAAUGCAUUUCCAGGCAACCACUUCAAGGAUUUACAUAGACAAUCCUGUAAGAUCUUGAACUUGAAUUUUAUGGGUUGUAUUUUAAUAAUGUAAGUAAAUUAUUUAUGCACUCCUGGUGUGCUACGAAUAUUAUUCCAGUUAGCCUUGGAUUAUUUCAGUGGCCAACAUAUGCAGACAUUUGUACUCCUCAACCAUUUUCUCAAAGUAAUGGGCAUUCUAUAAUUUAGACUUCAGAGAAUUCCAACGAUGAAGAUUUUAAGAAAAGUAUUUUAUAUUCAACAGGUAUGUUCUGCUGCAUGUACUGUACUCCAGAGCUGUUAUGUAACACUGUAUAUAAAUGGUUGCAAAAAAAAAAAAAAAAAAAAAAGUCAGUGCUUCUAAAAAGAAUUUAAGAUAAUGGUUUUUCAAAUGCCUUUAUAAUAAGCUUUGUUUCUUUGUGAAACUAAAUUCAGCAGGCUGAAGGAAAUGGUUCAUGUGAUAAAGUGGGCUGGUGUCCUCUAGAGUACCUGGGUACAUAAACAGAAACUCCUGUAGGUAAAAACGAAUCUGUGCCAUUAGUCUUUAUAUGUUUCUGCAUCUGGAUAGAGUGCAGUUCAUGGGGGGAGGGGGAGGGGCCGAAAGGGAAAGGGUGUUAAAGUGAUACAUUUUUAUACCAAAUGUGUUUAUUUUUUUGUGCAAGUAAUCCUUAAAAUUGGAAUUGUAUUAGGUGUUAAAAUAAAGUUUUUAAAAAAUUACUUGUAUUUAUACUUUACACACUUAAUAAGGAAAAUUUCUUAAUUCCAAUAAACUUCCAGUUUUCAUAAUCUAAAAAGGACAGAGGCCCAGGACACAGAAUGCUGUGUCAUCUUUGAUUUCUUUAACAGUGCUUGGAAUUCGUGACGUGAAAAUAGGGGAAAGACAUUUCUAAUGUAAAUUUGAAAUGCAAAUGUAUUUUUCUAGAACAUCUCUCUGGCUUUUCCUUCAGUCUAAGAGACAUGAAAGAAGUCUAAUUAUGGUAGAUAAAAUGAAAAUAAUGGUAAUAGUUGUUUUGACUUGAGGCAGUGUGGCCAAUUGAAGUAAAGAGACCUCCUGGAUUGGAGCUUAAAAUGCAGUUCUAUUUUGGAUACUACCACAUACUGGUAUGAUGGUUAAUUCACAUUUUGAAUCACUCUGGGCCUUAUUAAGCCAGGGUGAUGCUGGCUGCAGGAUGCCUGUAAAGCACUCCUAAGGUUUUUAUUCUAUAGGUGCUAUUUUAAAUUAUAAACUUUGCAUAGUGGAGGUUUUAUUUCAGGUAUACUACCAAGUCAGGUUGGUAGAAAAAUCCUUAAAACUUUAGAAAUACUUAUUACAUCAUUUCUUUUAUGUUGAAACUUACUGGGUCCAUUAGAUUUCUGCUUUAAUCAAAACCACUUAUGAGCCUCUUAGAACUUAUUCAGAAGACCAUAAAAUCUAUGCAAUGCUACCCAAAGGGAAUGGGUUAGAUAGAGGAUUUUAGGGGUCUCUCUUAGCUUCACGAAUCCUCAAUUCUGAGCUGUUGCAGACUGAUUUUAUAGCUGGACAGCCCAUAAAACAAAGUUGGUUCAUUUGUGGGGAUUCAUGAUUUCACAGUAUCAUAAGUAUCAUGAUUCCAUAACACUCAGUAUUUUCAUGGAGAUUUUAUAAAACUUUAAGAAAUAACAUAUAAAGUAGCAUUCAGUUAGCUUAUUAGCAUGUUGCCUGGAGAUAAUCUGUGGUAUUGUUUAAUCUUCUAAUUAUAUAUAAUGACUUUUCCAAAUUCAUUCAUUUUCUAGGAAUUGGUCAAAGGAAAAAGCCUUACAUGUACAGCCUUAUUUUAAGAGAAAGUUCCUUGUCUGAAUCAGGAACAUCCCUAUUUCCAGCUGCUGCAACCCCUUUCCAUGUGUGAAUUCCACUGCUUACCAAAUCACCUGAAAGCAUUUUGACAAAAUUUAACCUCAAACAUUGACUAUUUUAUGAAGCCUCUCUAAAGAAGGAAACCAAACUUUCAUUCCCUUACUUAGUAAUUGGUGGAACCUGAUAGUAUCUGAGAUUAUAUAUAUAUAGAUAUGUAUAUAUCUAUAUAUAUAUAUAGAUAGAUAUGGGCCAAAACAUGGAACUACCUCCUCAAAAAAAAAAAAAAAAAAAAAAAAUGUGGCCAACUAUUAAUAUUCUUUGAGACAUUUACACCAAGGGGUGAGAUAAGCAUUUUUGCUAUUAUAAAAUACAGAUUCAAAAUCCUUGUUCUGUAAAAACUCAUGUAACAAUUGAUGACACAAAAGUCCAAAUGUAGGUUCACAAUUUAUAGGUGGUGAAAACUGAGGCCUUACUGGUGUGGAGUGUACAUUAAAAUGUUCAUGGUGACACAUUUGAAGCAAUAAAUGGCUUAAUUAAAUGCCUAAAUGAAGCUGAGUGUUUGAUAAACACACAAUCAUUCUUUUUAAGGGCAGUUCAUUUUUUUUGCUCUUUUCUCCUUUAAAGCUGAUGCCACAUACUUCAGAUUUUUAACCAUAUUUGGUUCGUGCAGUGUUAGUGCCCUUCAACUUUAGAGCUCAGAAAUGGGCUUGUUGACCUAAUUAAUUAAUCAUAGAGAAACCAGUGUCUGAUGCACUUGGGUUGUGAGAGGUGAGAUAGUCUCUGUAGACAUUGCAGUGUCUACAGUGUCCUUCAACUCAUAUUUUUAAAAGAAAUCUCUACUGGAUGGGCUUUAAGAGAAAAUGAAUACCUCAGAAGCAUUUAUUUUUGUGAUUUUACAAACGUUGAGCACCUAGAUGUUGAGAACACGCGGAUGGGGAGGAAGGUACUCGGGUUUGGGUCUGGGAGGGACGAGGCUGUUAGCAAGUAAUUGCGGUCCGCGGGAGGACGGUGUGAUGGGCGGAUGCCUAAAGCCCUGCGAGGACACGGGGAAACUUCACAGAGGUUUCCUGUGAACUGCUUCCUAAAGAUACACAGAGUAGGGAAGGUUUUUCAAGGCAAGAGACUGACAAGGGCCAUGUACACCAUGGUAACUGACAAGUACUCUGGAAGGUUGGACGUCCAGUAGGGAGACGGCAGUUCGGCGGAUACAGCCAGAAACCUAAGCGAGAGUCUAAACACGAGCAUUUCACUCUGCAUCAUAGAACUGCUUGUUGAUGAGAGCAGUGGUGGCAUUGGCAUAUUGUUGGCUAAAUACAUUCUGAUUAUUUUUACAGUUUAAUGAAACUGUAGCACUUUUUUCUUAUUUCAAUGUAGGGAUGACGCAGGUUGUCUUUAACUUGGAAAUUGUUAAAAAAAAAAUUCUAAAUUUAAGGUGAAUCUUUUCUCCUGGUUUUCGAAACUACGAAUUAAAAUUGCGAGUGAAGGUUUUUUGUUUUCCUUAUUUAGAUGAUAAGAUUUACAUUACCCAGACUGUAAUUUCUGACCCAAGAUCUUAAUAUUCCUGAUUUGAUUCUUCUAUAGAGAAAUAAAGCUUAAAGUGAUAUAAACAUGAA